CUCAGCAGUAAGCAAAAUGGCGCCAUUGUGGUUAGUGGUGUCUUUAGCAAUUUCUUUAUUUUUAACUCCUUUUCUUAUGUUUUUGCUUGCUAUAAUCUUUUUGGCAUCUAUCGGAAAAUUAUUUGGUGUUAGGAGAUUGUAUAUAAGAUUACUACUAGCACUUUUUGAGUAUGGCAGGCAAAACAUAGAGAGUGUGAAGAAGAGGAACGGUACUUGGAAUGAGAAUAACGAGGAUGUGGAUGAAGAAUACGAGUCACGGCACGUCGAGAAACAAAAUGUGCAAAAUUGGAAAACGGAGAACAAAAUGCAGAAUGGUAUGUUGAGCAAUAACGUGAUAGCUAGAUCGACAGAUCUGAUCUUGGUACCCGAGCCUGAAAUGCAGAACCAUAAAAAUCAUCUUGAAGAAACAAAAACGAAGAGUUCUCAGACUACUCUUAUCCGUAAUGAUUCAUUUGAAACGUUAAAACGAGAGUUUACACCUGCGAUUUGUUUGGAUUAUAUUAAAGCUGGUGUAGAGGCUAUUAUCGAAGAUGAGGUGACGUCUCGCUUCGAGGCGGAAGAGUUGAAGAAUUGGAAUCUGUUAACUAGAACAAAUAGACAUUAUGAGUUCAUUUCUUGGAAACUAACAGUGAUAUGGAUGUGUGGAUUUUUUAUGCGAUAUUGCUUUCUUCUUCCUUUAAGGAUAUUCAUUUGUUUUGUUGGAGUACUAUAUAUUAUAAAUGCAACAUUUCUUAUUGGUUUGCUAUCAAAUGGUUUUAUUAAACAAUGGACAUACAACAAGGCUAGUCUCUUAGCAUUCAAGAUAAUGUCACAGUCUUUAUCUGCUGCAAUUACAAUUCAUAAUCCCGAGUAUAAACCAAAACCUGGAGGAAUGUGUGUGGCAAAUCACACUUCCACAAUUGAUGCGUGCAUCUUAUCCACACAGACCACAUUUUCCUUGAUUGGUCAGAGACACGGCGGAUUUUUAGGGAUUCUACAAAGGGCUUUAGCACGUGCUUCACCGCACAUUUGGUUCGAAAGGUCCGAAGUUAAAGACAGAGAAGCAGUUACGAAACGAUUAAAGAAACACGUUUCUGAUCCCACAAAUCCGCCUAUUCUUAUAUUUCCUGAAGGUACUUGUAUAAAUAACACAUCAGUUAUGCAAUUUAAAAAAGGAAGCUUUGAAGUAGGUGGUGUAAUUUAUCCUGUUGCAAUAAAGUAUGAUCCAAGAUUUGGGGAUGCCUUCUGGAAUAGUAGUCGAUAUUCAAUGAUGCAAUAUUUAUAUAUGACCAUGUCGAGUUGGGCUAUAGUUUGUGAUGUAUGGUACCUUCCUCCAAUGUACAGGAAUGAGGGAGAGAGUGCUAUUGACUUUGCAAAUAGGGUAAAGGCUGUGAUAGCAAGGCAAGGUGGAUUAGUUGAUUUACAAUGGGAUGGUCAACUUAAACGUAUGAAACCGAAAAAAGAAUGGCGAGAAAAACAGCAAGAAGAGUUGAGUAAACGGCUUAAAGUUGAAUAAAUCGAGUUGUCUCUAGUCGUAU